AUCCAAUCAUUUCCCACAAGUGAAGUUGACCAACGAGAAUGACGGCAACGCGCGCCAUGACACCCCCGGGAACGUUCCUCAUGACGAUCGAGUCGGACGACGAAGUGGACCGAUUGGACGAAAGUAGCGACGAAGAACAGGACAAGGAGGAAGCUGUGGCCGUGAUCUCCAAGCAACAAAAGAAGAAGCAGCAAAAGAAGGACGAGAAGAAGAAGCAGAAUGCCGCCAUUAGCGACAUCGCCGAGGGCUUUGAGUUUGACGACGGAUCUGCUUUCCGCAGUGCGACGGGCAACUCUUGGGACUUUACGAAGGCCAUCGCACACAUCGACAACAUGGAGCGUCGCAGUUACGGCGACAGCGUUCGUACGACAGUCCAAAAGAAGAUCGAGGCCCGUCGUAAGGAGCGCCAAGACGCGCGAAAGGAGAAGAAGAAGAGUCUGCAGGCCGCGGAGAAAGCGGCCGCCGCCACUACCACCGAACAAGCGACGACUGGCGACGACGACGACAACAAGGAGGUCGCCAAGGAUGAUGCUGACGGCGACAAUGACAGCGACAGCGACGACGAGGAUGCCGCCGCCGCCGACGUCGUGGAAGAGUCCAAACUCCAGGAAGCGUUGCACGAACGCAAGCAGAACGCGGCAAGUGCCGCCGUGGACGCGAUCGAAAAGAAAAAGGCCGACGCGUUCUUUGAAACCGAGUUCCAGGCUCCGGAAAUGGACAACACGACGUCGUUCAGCGACCUCAAGCUGAGUCGCCCGCUGCUUCGCGCCGUGAGCUCGCUCGGGUUUAGUGCGCCGACGCCGAUUCAGCAACGGGCGAUCCCCGUAGCGAUGACCGGCAAGGACAUUUGCGCCAGCGCACAGACUGGGUCGGGCAAAACGGCGGCGUUUUUGCUGCCCAUUCUCGAACGUCUGCAGUUCCGCAGCCGCCGCGUCGCCGCCACGCGGGUGCUGAUCAUCUGCCCCGUGCGCGAACUGGCGACGCAGUGUCAGUCGAUGCUGGAACAGCUCGCCAAGUUCACAGAUAUCACGAGUGGCCUCGCGGUGGGCGGGCUGCCGCUUCGCGAACAAGAAGCCGAGCUCCGCUUGUGUCCUGAUGUGAUCAUCUGUACCCCCGGGCGCAUGAUUGACCAUCUUCGCAACUCGCGAAGCAUCCACUUGGACGAGCUGGAAAUCCUCGUGCUAGACGAAGCCGAUCGGUUGCUCGAGCUUGGGUUCCAGGAAGAAGUGCAGGAACUGGUCAAGUUUUGCCCCGUAGCGCGCCAGACCUUGCUCUUUUCCGCCACACUCACGUCCAAGGUGGACGAGCUCAUCAAGCUGUCGAUGAAGCGCCCCCUGCGAAUCUCCACGGACCCGCUCUUUGACAUGGCGCAGCAUCUCGUCCAAGAGUUUGUGCGUAUCCGACCCACCCGCGAAGACGACCGCGAAGCCAUCCUGCUCGCGCUGUGCACCCGAACUUUUAAAACCAACACGAUUGUGUUUAUGGAAACGAAAAAGCACGCGCAUCGAAUGAUGAUUUUGUUUGGAUUGGCCGGGAUCAAAGCUGCGGAAUUGCACGGCGAUUUGGUGCAGAAGGAGCGUCUCGAGGCGUUGCAACGCUUCCGCGAUGGAACGGCAGACGUGUUGCUGUGCACGGACAUCGCGGCGCGGGGGAUCGACGUGGAAGGGGUGCAUGCUGUGAUCAACUACCAGAUGCCGAAAGACGUGACCACGUACGUCCAUCGCGUGGGGCGGACGGCGCGCGCCGGUCGCAACGGCCGCGCGGUGACGCUGACGUCGGAGAACCGUCGAUUGAUCAUGAAGGAAGUAUCUCGCCAUUGCCAUGGGUUUGUCAAGAGCCGAAGUGUGCCGGACGCCGUGAUUGCGCAGUGGAAGCAGCGUAUCGACAACAUGGAGGCGGACGUGACGAGCGUGAUGAAGGAAGAGUCGAUGGAGAAACGCAUGCGGGAGGCAGAGAGGGAGGCGUCGCGCGUGACCAACCUGGUCCGACACAAGGACGAGAUCCACAGCAGACCGGCGCGCACGUGGUUUCUGAAUGAGAAGGAGAAGAAGGGCGUGGUCGAGCGCGCCGAGGAGCAUCGGCAGGCCAACCUCAUGGUGCAUGACGACAAGCCCGACAAGAAGAAGGUCACGCUGAACCACAAGAAGCGAAAGACGGCCGAGCUGCGCGACCGCGAACAGCGCGCGCUCGAGGAGGCCGAGAACGACGGCAAAAAGGUGUUUACGUCCGACCAUGUGGCCGGCGCGGCCAAGAGCGCGAAGCGAAAAGCCAUCGAGGAAAAGCGCAAGCUGGCAACGACGUCGAUUGCCGAGAUCCACGAGAUGAAGCGCCAGAAGCGGGAAAAGGCGAUCCAGCGCAAGGUGCAAUCGGGCGCGUUCGAUAAGGACUUGUCGAGUCGCGAUAAGCAAGCGCCCAAGAAGAAGGCAAGUGAAGCGAAUGGCGAGUUUGUAUUCAAAGAGAAGAUUACGUCGCUACGCAAACAAGGCAAGCGCAGUGUCCACUCGUUCAAGUCCAAGGCCCGGUACAACCGCCGCAAGUAGAAGAACGAACGCCUGUCGAUAGACAUCGCCAUCAUCCCUUGCUUAUAAUUGAACUUCAUGAAUGCCGUCCUUGUCGA